AUGCAAAAUCUUGCCUCCUGCAAUUUAACAGUGACAUUUUUGGACACUGCCGAAUUCUUAUCACUAACCUUACAUUCCAUGAGCGGAUUUCAGUACCCCGCUCACUUAUUUGGAGCUUAUAUGAUAAUUUUUAAAACGCCAAACGGAAUGUCUUCUGUUAAAUGGUCUCUGUUGAAUUUACAUAUUUGGAGUUCUAUUCUAGAUGUUUAUUGGAGCACAUUUGCAAUACCAUUCGUUAUUUUUCCAUAUAUGGCUGGAAAUGGCAUAGGGGUAUUAUCAAUGAUAGGAUUGAAUACAGGAUUUCAAGUUUACUUUUCUGUUACCAUAGUUUCAGUUCUCGUCGCUACUAUGGUCCGUGUUUAUGAACAUCGAUGGUACCUGCUAACUAGAAAUCGUAAACUGUGGAGGAAAUUUCGAGGUCCUCUGUGCUAUACCAAUUAUAUAAUUUGUAUUACUUUCUUCAUUCCGUUCCUCUUUUUUGUGCCGGAUCAAACGGAAGCCAUUCCUGCGAUUUUGAAGAAAGUCCCUUGCUACCACCUCUAUACACAAAACGUCCCUCUGUACGUCUUCACUUUGAACCCAAUUCCUCCUAUUAUCACAGUCGCCGUGUUCAGUAUUGUCCAAAUUGGCUUGAUGACUCUUUUUAUAUCUCUAACUGUCCGUGUAUUAACAUAUCAAGCACGACGAAACACGACUUCACAGUAUACGAUAUCGCUACACCGAAGAUUUCUCUACGCUCUGAUUGCUCAGACAGGACUUCCAGUGAUAGUUGUAUUUUGUCCAUUGCUCAGCUUAUUUUAUCUAAUCCCAAUGGGUUAUCAUAAUCAGAUGAUAACCAACUUCAUAUUCAUUUUCGUAUCAUUGCACGGGUUCUUCUCUACUGUUCUACUUCUUCUGGUCCAUAAGCCCUAUAGGACGGCAACUUUGAGAAUUCUUAAAUGUAAAUGUAGAAUCAAAAACACUGUACGCGGGUCCAGUUUUAAAUGA